GAGGCUGGCUUCACAUGCCUAUGCUGUGUGCAACUGAAGUGAGGGCGACCUUGUUCCUGCUGCACUUCUGCUCGACGCUAGGCGUGAUGGCUGCCGUGUGGCGUGCUCGCAAAUUUGCUCGCUGCGUCGUCCGUUUCUCCGACCGUGAUCUGUAAACAACAUCGCUACUGAACGGUUUCACGCGUCACGACAAAGCAUCAAAAAAGCGCCAAAAUGGCUGAAAGCAACCAAAAUACCAGUGCUGGUUCUGUCGAAGAGGGGGAAGAUGAAAAUUCUGAGGACUCUAAUCUGAGGCUGGAGCUUAGUGCUUUUAGGGCUCAGUGGAUGUCAGAGCUGCGUCCUGGCUCUGGAAUUAAGACUGGAUUGUCCAAAGCUGCUGAUUUAAAAAAGACACAGGAGUUGGUCAGAGAGGAAAAAGCUCGAGAGCUGUUCCUGAAGGCUGUUGAGGAGGAGCAAAAUGGAGCUGUUUAUGAAGCCAUCAAAUACUACAAGAGUGCUAUGCAGCUUGUUCCUGACAUCGAGUUUAGGAUCAACUACAGCAGAUCUCCUGAUCCAGACCGUCUGGAGGAGAAUGAAAAUGAUGGCGAGAUCGAUGAUCUCCUUACAUACUUCCAGCAGCAGCUGACUGUAGAGAAUUCCUCCCAGAAAAUUUGUCAGCCCGAAGUGGAGACAUCACAGAUGCAUAUUUCAGCAUUGCCACUAGAGGUGCUGAUGUACAUCUUCCGCUGGGUGGUGAGCUCGGAUUUGGAUAUGCGGGCGUUAGAGCAGCUUUCCCUCGUCUGCAGGGGUUUCUAUAUCUGUGCAAGAGACCCUGAGAUUUGGCGCUCAGCCUGUUUGAGGGUGUGGGGCCGGAGCUGCACCAAAUUGCUGCCGUUCACCUCUUGGAGGGACAUGUUCUUAGAGCGGCCACGUGUUCGCUAUGAUGGUGUUUAUAUCAGUAAAACAUCAUACAUCCGUCAGGGAGAGGAGUCGCUGGAUGGCUUCUACAGAGCAUGGCACCAGGUGGACUAUUACAGGUACCUACGGUUCUUCCCCGAUGGUCAAGUAAUGAUGUUGACCACUCCUGAGGAGCCCCUGGCCAUAGUUCCACGACUGCGCAGCAAGAACACGAGAAUGGAGUCCAUCAUGAUCGGCCACUACCGGCUAUCCCAGGACACAGACAAUCAAACCAAAGUUUAUGUCGUUGUAUCCAAGAGAAAAGAUGAGAAGGUGCCCGAGUACCAAAGGAGUCGGUUCGGCCGGCGGUACCCUGUGCCCGAGUCAGAACGUUCUUUCCAUGUGGGGCUGCAGCUCCCCUCUGGGGGGCGCCAGUGCUUCAACAAGCUUGUGUGGAUCCAUCACUCCUGCCACAUCACAUACAGAUCAACUGGAGAAACGAUCAUCACAGCAUUCGACCUCGACAAAAUGUAUACACCAUUGUAUUUUGCCAGGGUGAAGAGCUACACUGCAUUUUCAGAACGCCCCCUGUAGGGCUACAGUAGCGCUGCAUGUAGAACAUCAAGUAUAUAAAAUUGUUUACGCACCUUCCAAAAAACGUGUGGCCCCCCCCACAUCCCCCCACCCCUCCUCGCUUUAAGCAUGAGGCUAAAGAAUGUUUAAAAAAUGGGUUACAUGGGGAUUUCUUAGAAGUCCUUAUAGCACCUUUGAAAAGCAUUACCUUCCAGGUUUACUGUUUGUCUGUUUAAAUUGAUCACUGGCUUACUGUUGUAACUGCAGAUGUACAGUAGUAGUUUUAAAAAGUUUAUGAGCAGCUGUUUCCUCCUUCCUUUUCACAAAUGCUGAAUCUUUUCAUUUAGAUGUUUUUUGUGGAUUUGUGUGAUUACUAAUGCCUGGAGCAACCUAAUAAACAUGCUACAGGUCGUUUUCUUGCUCCGCCCCCAUCCCCCCCUUGUUUUCAGUACAUUUUCAUCCAUACCAAUAAAUGCAAACUAUUGCAAGGAAA